AUGGCCAGCCUGUUCGGCCGCCGACCGUCAACGCGUAGGGCACCGCCGGUGGUGCUCGUGGCGGCGGCGACGCCCUCGACCUCGACGCUCAGCAGCACGACCUUCUGGCACGACGACGAGGACGCCGUGGUUGGCGUGUACGCCUCGCUGCUGGACCAUCCUCACCAGCAACCGGCGCCGCAGCCGGCGCAGCACCUGCAGAGCAGCGCCUCCGACGGCAGCCGGUCGGCGGCGGAUCUCAGCCACCAGCAGCAGCAGCAACAGCAACAGCAACAGCAGCGCGACUGGAGCCGGCGGAGAGCCGGAUCCCUAGGAAGUGCUGGCGUCUUCUCGCUGGCCUUGCGGCACGCGAGCUCCGGAACCGGCGGGUCGCUCGGCCGGUCCGGGUCGUGGUCCGGGCGUCUCAGCGGCGAGGGCCGGCCGGUGCGCAAGCUGGUCAAGGAGCCGAGCGGGUCCGCGAGGCCGUCGUUCUCGGUGGAGAUCUCGGAGACUCACGCCCGCGCGCCGGCUGGCGACGGCGGCGGGCGGCAGCGGUGGGUCGACGAGAGGAGGGGCGGCGGCGGUGGUGCCGAAGAGCUGGGCAAGGAGAAGAAGGCCGGGGUUGUGAGGAGGAAGAUGUCGAGGCUGAGGGAGAUGUACAGGACUGGUGGUGGCGGUGGUGGCGGUGGUGGCUCGGGGAGUGGCGAUGCUGCGGAGAGAGGAUGA